CAGGUAAGUAAGACGACCAGAAUGCAGGAUCCUCGGGCCGAUUUGGAUAUGGUGAAUCGUGAUCCUAAAAAUAUCAAUGAAAGCAUCAAGGUAUUAUUCGAGGAUGUCAUUGCCGAGCCGGAGGGUAGUCAUAGCAUCGAUGCAGUAUGGAUGUGCAGCAAUAGUACAUUCUGGGGCUUAAAAAACGGCUGCUAUAUUUUCCUCUCAGUACUUUGCGGAGGACCGUGUGCUUGUGUAUGGGGGCUAGUGUUUGCUUGUCAGAGUUUCUACAGCAUUUGGUGCGUCCGUCCUUGCUGCAAGAUGUACGAAAUCUAUGUUGAUUGUUGCAUGAACUUGUGGAGAAUAACAGUCAGUUGCUGUUUUUAUCCCAUCUGCGAUGCAUUUUCGAGAAUCUUCUCUAAUAUUAAAUUCCAGCAUCGUUACGAAGUGGUAUAGCGACAAUUUUUCAGAAAUAUGACCAUGCGGUAGUGAAACCAUUUGGACAGCGAAAUAAACAUAACAUUAUUCAAGAAGAAAUUAUCACAUUUGCUGAAUGAAGCUGCUAUUUGCUUUAUAUAAUUCAUACAUACGGCUAAUUGUAUUAUCUUAUAUAUAUUUUAUGUUCAAUCCUUCGAUUGUUAUACGUACGAUAAGAGAAUAUCACAAAUAUAACGUGCAGAAACAUCUGGGACGUUCAAAUAUUGUGUUAUAUAUUGUUUUUAAUAUGAUUGCUUUUUCACUUUUUAAUAGGCUAAAAUUAUGUUUUUUUGUUGACAAAUAUCAGAAGAUGCAUUUUCAUUUUACUGUCACUCUUUUAUCGUUGCGGUAUCGCAAUCGCAUGUAUUGGAGCUUCCGAAGUAUGUGCACCAGGUUAGCGUUCAGGUUGUGCACCAAUACUUCGGGAGCGCCCAUCGGAUUGUAAUCGGUCUCUCAUUAACAUAAUCCAUGCAAACACCAACGAAUUAAUUCGAAUAAUUAUUGUUUAUUGGCAUAUCUGAUUUGAAAUUAUUAUGAUAAUAUUACACCAGAACAAUGAUUUGAUUCAUCUCUGAUUGACCCACUGUGUGAAUGAGAGGAUAUCAUGUAAGAAGAAACCAUGCAUAGUUCAUGCACUGUGAUGUCAUGUAAAAUAGUUAGUUAUAUAUUGGUAAUAUUUGAGCCUGAUCUAAGUUACUAAGAUCUUGGUCACUGGCACCCUUAAUAACAUCAUUUUAAUGUUAAACCAUAUUCGAUUGUAAAUUUUUUUUUUUUUAUCUUUGUACAUUUGGCAUCGUUAUGUCAUAAACUGACUGACAUUAGAUUUUUAUCAAUCUACCUACCUUUGCU